GUUUACGACACCGCUUCGUGUUUACACAUGUUUCCGCUUUCACGUGGAGGCGCUUUUCGCAAUUAAAAUGUCUUCAAAGAAAAAUAAAAGCAAAACAAAAAAAGGGAGUGAAGGGGAUGGUUCGCUCUUAGAGACUGAGAGCCCAAACGACUCUGCAAGCCUGCAAACAUGUGGCGCCCACGGAGGAAGCUGCAAAAGUUCAAACUGCAGCUCUUUCAGUGUCAUCGACUUCAUUGAAAAAGCUGAUGACAAAACGCCCAAAAGCUGCAGAUCAGCUUUAGCUCAACUCAGCCUCAAAUCAAUGAAAUCAGCCGGCGUCUGCAUCGGGAGACCCGUGCUGCUGACGAGCCCCACAGGACAACAAGAGGUAUGCUUGGGUUGGCCAGUUGCCUCCUUUCCAGGUGGAAAAGUUGGCCUGCAGAAAUGUGCUCAGAACAACCUGAGAGUAAAGUCAGGGGACGAGGUCAUGCUGCACCCAAUAACAGGUCCCGUGGUUCAGGCUGAAGAGGUGGUUCUCUCUAACAGGUCAAAAGAUGAAACAAUAGAAACAGACGAAUUCAAGAGUUUCUUCCUGAGGUCUCUGGCUGGGAACAUCAUUCUGCCAGGGAAUGUCCUUUCCUUGAGUUAUUUCGGCCGCUCAUGCAGUCUUCGGGUUGAAACCAUAAGAGGGGAGGAUGGCAUCACCCUCCGGAAACCAGCUGCUGUCCUGGGAGCGGGCCAUGAAACUGAAGAGUCCUCUGUGAUGAACUCUGUGCUGGACUCCACAUCAGCUGACCUCUCUCUGCAGCUCAGCAUGCUCUCUGUUGAUGACAACAACGAUGUAACACCAGGGACACCUAGAGAGCCCGGUCCUGCAGCCAGCACCCCAUGCCGACCUGCUCAGCCCCUUUCCCUCUCCUCACACCCUGCAGCUCAAUCCUACAACUCCCCAAAUCCUUCAGCUGGGUCUGUGGAAGCAGCUGCCAGUCUGGAGAGCUCGCUGGUCUCAGAGCAAGCAGAGAAAAGCUCUUUAGCACCCCCUGCUGGUGUAUUGAGUGCUGACACCUUCUACUGUCUAUCAUGCUCCACCAAAGUCAGUUUUAAUAGCAGAGCGGGGCAGAUGGAUCGAGAUGCAGAAGCUAAAGGGUCAAAGGUCACAUAUAGCAUGAUUGGUGGACUCAGUAACCAGUUGGAUGUCAUCAGAGAGACUAUCGAACUUCCACUGAAGCAUCCGGAGCUGUUCUCCAACUAUGGGAUCCCACCUCCAAGAGGAGUUCUCCUCUACGGUCCCCCGGGCACAGGAAAAACUAUGAUUGGACGAGCCAUAGCCAGCGAAGUCGGAGCUCACAUGACGGUGAUAAACGGCCCAGAGAUCAUGAGCAAAUUUUAUGGUGAAACAGAAGCGAAGCUGAGACAAAUAUUCAGUGAAGCAUCUCAGAGGCAGCCUGCGAUCAUCUUCAUUGAUGAGCUGGAUGCUUUGUGUCCAAAGCGAGAGGGAGCUCAGAAUGAGGUGGAGAAACGAGUUGUUGCUUCUCUCCUGACUCUGAUGGAUGGGAUCGGUUCAGAGGGUCACUCAGGUCAGCUGUUGGUCCUGGGGGCCACAAACCGGCCCCAAGCCAUUGACCCUGCCCUGCGCAGGCCAGGACGUUUUGACAAAGAGCUGGAGGUCGGAGUUCCUGGUGCCGCAGAGCGUGCAGAUAUUUUGCAGAAGCAGCUGAAAUGCGUGCCGUGCAGCGCCACCGAGGGGGAGCUGACGCAGCUGGCGGACGCUGCUCACGGUUAUGUAGGAGCAGAUCUCGCAGCUGUUUGCAAAGAAGCAGGUUUGCAUGCGCUGAGACGAGCACUGGGAGGUUCCCAUCAGCCACCGUCCGACCAGCAGCUGAUGGGAACGGUGACGGUCACUCUGCAGGACCUCCAGUGGGCCGCGUCUGCUGUGAAGCCCAGCGCCAUGAGGGAGGUUGCUAUUGAUGUCCCCAAGGUCCGUUGGUCGGAUGUUGGCGGGAUGGAAGAAGUGAAGCAAAAACUGAAGCAAGCUGUGGAGUGGCCUCUGAAGCACCCAGAGGCCUUCACCCGCAUGGGGAUCCAGCCCCCUAAAGGAGUUCUUCUCUACGGGCCCCCGGGCUGCUCGAAGACUAUGAUUGCCAAGGCUCUGGCUAAUGAAAGUGGGCUCAACUUUCUGGCUAUUAAAGGCCCAGAAUUACUGAGUAAAUACGUCGGGGAGUCUGAACGAGCUGUGAGAGAGGUGUUUCGGAAGGCGAGGGCCGUCGCUCCCUCCAUCGUCUUCUUUGACGAGAUUGAUGCUCUCGCGAGUGAAAGAGGAAGCUCCUCGGGUUCCAGUGGUGUGGGGGACCGGGUCCUGGCUCAGCUCCUGACAGAGAUGGACGGCAUCGAGCAGCUCAGGGAUGUCACUGUGCUGGCCGCCACCAACCGGCCUGACAUGAUCGAUAAGGCUCUGAUGCGUCCAGGUCGCCUCGACCGAAUUGUCUACGUGCCGCUUCCAGAUGCGCCAACCCGAAAGGAAAUCUUUUCUCUCCAGUUUCGGAACAUGCCCGUGGCUGAAAACGUGUCUCUUGAUGACCUGGUGACUCGGACCAACAAGUAUUCUGGAGCAGAGAUAACUGCAGUAUGCAGAGAGGCUGCCCUCCUGGCCCUACAAGAGGACAUCAAAGCUCAGCACAUCGAAGCCAGACACUUUGGAAGUGCCCUGAAUACUGUGAAGCCCCGAAUCCCCGACUCUGUCAUCCAGUCGUAUAUCAGCUAUCAGCAGCAGCACAGUGGCCUGUGUUUCUUCUGACCACACUGCUGUGGAAAAAGUCAAAAUUAAGAAUUUUUUUCUUUGUAUUUCUAUUAUUUGAGAAGUAAAUGUUUUAGCUGUGCCAGUCUGCUGCACUGCGCAGUGCUAAAUGUUGAACUUUGUAUGCAACAAAUUCAGUUUUCAGUUUUCAAAUUCGAGCCAAAGAAAAAUUCGGAUCCCAAAAUGUUUCUGAAAUCGUGUCAGUUUUUAUAACUGUGUUUUUAAAAUGACACUCUGUGCAGCACCUGUAGCUUUGUUUUUGCUUCUGAGGAAUAUGCUGUGAUGCCAUGUUUGAUCAAAUAAAACGUAUUCAUAGUGUUAUCUAUCAGUUUACUGUAUUUGGCUGUCUUGUUUUACUCCCAUAUCAGAAGUGAGGAGCCAAUGUAAUGAUUUGAAAUUUUAAAGAGGUCCAGCCCUGUCUGAGAAAAUCUCAUUAAA